AAAUAAUCCCCUAAUGAGUCACCCCAACCCAAUAAACACCGCACCGGAGAAAGAGCUCUUUCUUUUUCUUUCCUUUUUUUAUUUAUUUAUUUAAAUUCCAAUUUGUUGAAAACGGUUGAAGUGCGUGUUUGUUGGCUUUAGUGCCAUCUGACAUUAAUGGUCUCUGUUUUAAGCGACUAAAGUGGACUUCUGCUCUUAAUACGUUUGAAAUAAGUAUUAGGUACUCAGAUAUGUCUGUCAUAAAGUAGAAUAGUGUAUGGAUAUGUGUUUAUGUUAUUUGGAUUCAAGACGUGCCUCCGUGCUUACCUCCUUUGAUUCGUAGAAAAAAAUCAUCAUUAAGUCUCGGCCUCGGGACCCCGCACUCUAAAUAUCGGUUACCCACUGGAGCUCAUAGAGAAGUCGCCUUAGGCCUAUCAACCUUGCAAAAAUACCACCUCACUCUUGUGCUGAGCUAAGGCUGACUGAAUAUAUAAAUAGUCUUUAUAUGGUAUUCAACAUCUCAAAUCUCGAUCUGAGUCAUCGUCAUACUGCUUGUUGAUCUGAAGGCGGUAAAUAAAAUAUUAAAAAAAAAAAAAAAAAAAGUUCGGCUUGUGCAACCCACGCUUAAGAAAAAAAGUAAAGGAAAUUCAAGAAACAUCUUAAACCCCAGACGGAAAGAAAAUUUCAAAUUUAUCGAUGGCGUCACAAGGUACAACUUCCACCUCAAGGUUGGCUCAAAUACAGUCGUUUUGUAUUUCUUCAAUUGAAACAUCAUGAAUAUUCCCGAAUUCAGUGCCUUAGCACGAUUCUCAUCGGAUAGUGCACUUAACAACAAUUACCAUCAGAUUGUUCCCACCAAAUUGAAUGAGUCAUGGGCUGGCAGAAGACUAUUGGAAGCACUUAAUCAAUUACCACCUUCUAAGUUUGGUUCUUCUACAGAUAUACGAUUUCAACAGAAACAGCUACAAGUCCGAGAACAACGAAAAAUGGAGAUGACCGCUCCAAAGUCUGAUAUGAUGGAGAACGCCCCAAUUAAUGUUAAAUCAAAUAAAUCUACGAAUCUCAAUUCAUCGAUUGGUAAUGGAAAGGUACGUCAAAUGUUCAAUGAACGUCGAAGAGGUGCCGGAAUCGAUCGGAGCAAUCCACUCAAACCCAUCACUUCAAGAUCCUCAUCAUCAUCUAGCACCAUCACAACUACUCCAAUUUCAUCCAAAACAAAUACUGUUCGCAAAUUGGACCGAACAACGACAAACAAACUUGCUGUCUUAAAAAUAUCUAACGGAAACGAUUCUGUCGAUUACAUUAGUAACGAAAAAGCCCUAGAGACGUAUCGUGUCAUUGAAGAUGAUCUGGAUAAUGAAACUUUUCCUGAGCAACAGUUGGAUAAUUUUGAUAACCUAUUACCUGCAAAGCUUGAGGCUCUGAUGCUUGAUAACUUUGGAGAAGAUACCAAUAACAACAACAUGUCAGAAAAUAAAACCAGCAUAAAAUUGAACCCGGUUUUGACAAAAAAAUCCCCACCAAUUACUUCGAAAACACCCGUAAAGACAAGUCGAUCGAGUUUAAGUCUAACAAGCAAGAGUAAUUCGACUUUGAACUCAUCUCAAAAACUAGCUCCCUCAGAACCUAAGAAUCCAACAAUUGUCAAAAGCUCUUCGAAAAUGGCAAAGCCGAUGGCUAGUCCCAAGGUUAUUUCUUUGCGAUUGCCAAGAGCAAAAACACCACCUUUUCAACCUCCAGGCACUGCCCCUUGCAAAUUAUGCAACCGAUUUUUUAACGAGGACCGUUUGUCGAAACACGAGGAGGUUUGCGAAAAAAUGGCAAUGAAGAAACGUAAAAUCUUUGACGCAUCUAAGCAUCGAGUAAAGGGCACCGAAGCAGAAAAAUACUUAAAGAAACCACUACGAGGUGCCAGGACAGUAGCUAAAAACCCAUCAACAAUAUCGACAAACACAAACUCUACAACUGAAGCUUCUGCAAAAAAAAGCAAUUGGCGCAAGAAACAUGAGGAAUUUAUAGCUGCUAUACGAGCAGCCAAGGAAGUUCAAGCAUAUUUGGCUAAAGGUGGCAAGCUCUCUGAUUUGCCACCUCCUCCACCUUCAGAGAAUCCCGACUACGUAACCUGUCCACAUUGUUCGAGGAGAUUCAAUGAAGCAGCAGCAAAUCGUCAUAUACCAAAAUGUGCCAACAUGUUGCACAACAAACCGAAACCCGCUGCUAAGCGGAGUUUAAAAUAGCUCCUAUUUUAGUUCAGUUUCCUAAAUUUCCUUUCCAAGCAGUGGUUUUGUGUCACUAUUUAUGAAAGACCGAUACAAAACUCCAAUGUUUAAAUCGUAUUAUAUCUUAACAUGGCAAAUGAGUCGAUCACUUGGGUAGUUGAUACUAAUUUUAAAUUUUAAGUGAAUAAAUCUGGAUGUAACAACAAAAUGUUCUCGUAACCUUUCAAAUGUGAUAAAAAUAAAUAAAAACGCAAUUGUAUUUAAUUUUACUUUAAACCAUAAAUUGUUAACACGAGUCCUUUUUUUUAAAAUAAAAUAACAAUUAUAAUAAUUUUAUAUAAAAUAAAAUAACA